UUUCCUUGGCAUGUACUGGAAACACAUAGGCAGGAACUUUGACCACUGCUAGUUAGCAGUCAGCUAGUAGUUUUUUUCUGUAUUAUUUUCCACAUUUCUGUGCGUGUAUUUUUUUUAUAUGCAGAGAGAUGUGGUUUAUUUAUUUACUCAGCUGGCUAUCGUUGGUGGUCCAAAUAUGUUUCGUCACUCUAGCAAUAGCUGCUGGCCUGUACUAUUUGGCAGAACUAAUAGAAGAAUACACAGUGGCCACCAGCCGUAUAAUAAAAUAUAUGAUAUUGUUCUCGACAGGAGUCCUGGCAGGUCUCUACGUCUUUGAAGGCUUCCCAGUGUUGAUGGUGGGGGUUGGACUUUUCACCAACCUUGUGUACUUUGGCCUCUUGCGGACCUUCCCGUACAUACUGCUGAGCUCCCCCAACUUCAUCCUCUCCUGUGUGUUAGUGGUGGUGAACCAUUAUAUGGCCUUUCAGUACUUUGCUCAAGAGUAUUAUCCAUUCUCAGAGGUGCUGGCCUACUUCACCGUCUGCCUGUGGGUGAUCCCCUUCGCGUUCUUUGUGUCAUUGUCAGCUGGUGAAAAUGUGCUGCCGUCCACCAUACAACAAGGAGACGACGUGGUGUCUAAUUACUUCACCAAGGGGAAGAGGGGGAAGAGGUCAGGGAUCCUGCUCGUCUUCUCUUUCCUCAAGGAGGCAGUGCUGCCGAGUCGGCAGAAAAUGUACUGAGGAGCUCAGGCUCGGGGUGAAGGGUUGGGGUUGGAGGUGCGUGCGUUUGUAUGAGUGUGUGUGUGAAGGAGAGUAAGAGGAAGCAGGAAAGACUGUGGACUUAAACGAAGCGGAAGCCAAAAAGGGGGCAGGAGAACGGACCAAUGAGCAGAACUGUUUCCUGCUGGAUGAGUUUACACAGGCCACACUCGUCUGUCGGUUUCUAUCUGUACUGACUGCCAACAACAACUACUAUAGAGACGUUGCUGAGGUGGAUCGUGUCUGUAGCGCAAUGCUUUCUCAUUGCGGCUCCAUGUUUUUAAGCUUUAGUAUUAAAAUAUGUACGUGCAGGGUUUGAAAUAACAGCCACCCAUUACCUGUAUCUGUCGACUCGGGAUAAAUAAUUAUGAGUUUUCUUCUCGACCCAUCAUCAUCCUGCUGUGAUUUCUGUGUUGUAUGUGUCAGUACACAAAAGUAGCAUAUACAACUGUUAAGAAUGGGACAGAGAAGAAUAAGAGGCCGUUCACAUGCAGCGGCACGUCCACUCACGAAGAUAUUUCGACGGCGACGUGUUUGUGACGCACACCAAGAUGAAAGUAUCUCAACUUUUUGGAACGUAGCAAGGAUUUUCAAGGUUGGCGAAAGAUGCGAUGUGCCAGAUGUUUUUUUUUUUUUUUUCCCCUCCACACACAUUGAACAGUAAAGCUGGGUGAGGGAAGAGCAGCACUGGUAAUCAAUUUUUUUUUGUUUUCUUUUCUUAGUUGGAUGCAUUCAGUGAAGCAACUUCAGUCACCUCAGCAGCUCCCAGGUUUAGGUUUUGCUUUGUAAUUACAGAACCCCACUAGUGACUUGGUUCUCACUUCUUCUAUGUAGUUUUCAAACAUUUUCAGAAGCUGCAUGUGAACUGCCACUAAGACAAGUUUAUGGUACAUUACUGACUUAGCGCUUAAGUCUGUGCCUUGAGGUAUAAUAUUAUUGAUCCACGUGCAGGAAAAUUCAACAGUUUAUUGCUGAAGUACCUAAGGUUACUUCAAAUGGCAGAGUCUGGUUAUGUUGUGGGGGGAUCUUACUUUUAACCCUUAAUUUUGGUGCACCAGUGGAUCAUGGCCAUGGAUAUAAUGCACAGACCAGAGCGGUUACCUGCAACCUUACUCUCUUUUUGUGGACUAUUUUUUAACAAGUCAACAAAUGUGACAAACUGAUUAUUUUUUUUCUUUUUGUACAUUCAUCAUCAAAGAUGGAUGAAUACACGUCUGAAGAUCAAACCUGAAACUUCCCGGGUGUUGGGGACAAAAGCUGUGAAACAUGGCUGUGAUGAAAGUCUUAAAGAGGCAAAAGUUCUUUCUAACAAUUUCAGAGUGAGAAUCAUUGUAGGUUGGUAUAUACACACGCAGUUGUUAAUAAAAUAAAAAAUGUUUAGUUGAAAUAA